AUGGCGUCUCAGGUGCAGCCGCUCGAGCUUGUCGACAAGUGCGUCGGAUCCAGGAUAUGGGUGAUCAUGAAGGGUGACAGGGAGUUCAGCGGCACGCUGCUCGGCUUUGACGACUACGUCAACAUUGUACUAGAGGAUGUGACUGAGUUUGACUAUGCCGGAAACGCAACAAAGCUGAACAAGAUCUUGCUGAAUGGCAACAAUAUAUGCAUGCUCAUCCCGGGAGGCGAGGGACCCGUGGCGCCGUCAUGA